UCAGGGCGCAUGCUCAGCUGAUAUUGUUCAACAACAAGUAUGGCGGAUGAUAAAAUUUAUUGUGGAACUUGGAAGAUUGUCAAAUGCAACUCACUAGCAGGAGGGAGUGAAACAUCGGGAAUUGAAGGGACAGAAUUUACGCUCGAUGAAGGUGGUGACGUGACAUGGAAGGUCCCUGAGAACACAGAACCUAUGCCAUUCUUUAACUGGGAAACAUACGAGGUUUUUCUGGGAAAUCCUCAUUAUCUUCGAUUGUUUGGUACUUUUGAUGGCCAUGUGAUUGAAUUCCAGGUGGAUCAACCAAAAGAGGAUACAAUACAACUUACGUACGAAGGGUGGUGUGUGCUGCAGUGUGAAAAGGUGUCAACAAAUGAUUCAAAGCAUGACGUUCCCUUCUCGUUCAUGUGUGCCUUAGAGGAAGGUUAUUUUUCUGAUAUGAUCAUAAAAGCUGCAGAUGGGAAAGAGUUUCUAGUCCACAGUACUAUUCUGAACCUUGGAAAUCCUGCGAUCCAGUGGGACCAGCAACCCUGUCCGCUUCAGGGGCUCCCGGUAGACGUUUUGUACGUUACUUUGUAUUAUCUUUACUGUGAGUGUCUCCCAGCUGGUCUUCAGGAAGAAACAACGAAGAGUUGUCUGCAGAAAGUUGCCCACCUUCCUGGCUUCACCCGUUUCGGAGAGUUGUGUGAGCUGUUCUUGAAAAAUGCUGCAUUAAAACAACAGAUCAUCAGUUUGGUAACAGACAUGCAUAACUGUGCUGGAAAGAUUAUCGACUAUUUUAGUGGCAAGGGAGGGACACAUGACGUUGCUCUUGAUGCAGUUAAUGGUCCCCUCUCUAGUAGUGGGGGUGCUAAUGGAGCUGAUGGGGACAACCUUGCUGCUAAUCCUGCUAGACUUUGUUAUAUUGUCAAGCAGGCAUUACGAGAAAGUGCAGUGGCGGGGGCAAAGCUGCUAAUACUUUGCGACUUAUUUUCACGGAGAAAUCACGAACUGUCGAGGGAAGAAAGACAUGAAAUAAUCAAGUAUUGUAAGUCUAGGUUACCAGUCUUUAUGAACCAGCUUCACAAGCUUUUGGAAGUAAUAAAACAGUCAUUUAGUAACUUGUCUGGGGGUGAAAGGUUAGACAUGGCACAUUAUCUAGUGCCAGAGAUUGAGGAAAUCCUGGACUCCUUAUUCCAGUUGAUAAUUGAAGGAAGAACAGCGUUAGAAGAGAUAAUUGACUUGUCUAGUGGGUCUGGAGAUAAGCCUUGUUGUUCUACUUCAGAGAGAGUUAAGAAGGGUAGUGUAGGUGAAGUUUUAAGUCGUUCUUUGAAAAAUGCCCUUCAUAUGAGAGAACUAAUGAAGCUUCGAAACUUCCAUGAAAAAGUUACCGUGGGUUUCAUGAAUCUCAUGAGGAAGAAAGAAAGUUUCACUGAUCUCACAACAAUGCACAAAACCAGAUCUGUUGCCAGAAACUUAGAACAGCUGAUUGAUGAGGUUCCAAUGUUCCUCUUAAGGAUUGAAGAGCUUCGAGCUGCUGUCGAUGACAAGUUAACUUGGAAAGAGUGGAAAUAUUUAUUUAAGUUGGGGACAUCUAAAGUUGCUUGGGUCUUCAGCAAGGUUGUGUCCCAUCGAGCCACCCUGCGGAGGAUUAUAAACCGGAUCAACAAGUUUGUUAGCCACGAACAGUUCACAAAGAGUUUAAUCCAUCUGGGUCUAUUGGAUGCCUCGGGGCAGACCCAAGGCCUGAACUCGGAUACCCAUUUUACACCAAAGAGUUCCAUCCACAAUUCCUCUCCUCUUGUUCCUCAAACAGCUGUUGUAGAAUCUUUAUGUCGGCCACCUAUGUCCAGAGAUAGUUCACUGGCCAAAAACUCUGUCCAGCUGCUGAAAAGUGGUAAAGGAACUGACGUGACUUUUCAAAUAAUCACAGUUCAAGAUUCAACAGACACAGUGAUUGACUAUACAGAAGGUCACCCAGUUGACCAGUCCACUGUUGAACAAGAAGUUGAAUGCCAUGAAAUUAAAGCCCAUUGUGUAAUCAUCGCUGCUCAGUGUGAUUGGUUCCGUCGAGCUCUUCUCAGUGGGAUGAGAGAAUCGAUAGAUAAAAAAAUUGUAGUCCAUGAUAGCAAUCCCACGUUAUUCAGGAUAUUUCUGGAGUACUUAUACGGUGGCCACCUAGAAACUAGCCAGCUGUCUACAGAACAGCUGGCUGACCUCAUGCAAUUAAGUGAUAGAUAUGAGAUGGAUCCUUUGAAGCAGUUAUCCGAAGAAGCACUCAAGGGUCACAUUGACGAAGAUUCAGCCUUGUUUCUUCUGAGUAUAGGAGACCAAUUUAAUGCUAAGACACUGAGGAAUGCAGCCUUGGAAUUUAUUGCUCUGAACAAAGACAUCAUUAAAAGUGACGUGUUUUAUGAUCUUCCUGAAGAUCUUCAGUCUGAAGUGGAAGAGAUGAUUACUUGGGUCGAACUUCGGAAUUCCCAGCGAAGUGACGAGUUAUCGUGUCCUCAGUACCUAGGCGCAGAUAGCCCCAGCUCUAUGUCCUCCAGUCUCCUUGAUAUCGAGGAACUUACUUCAGCCAUCAAUAUUUCUGGAAAAGAGCCGGAAGCGACUUCUGAUUCGAGUUCCGUCGAAGAACUUCCGUUGACCCACGACUCUGCCCAGUUAGAGGCCUGUGUUGCCCAGUUACGUGACAUUGUGGGCGAGUCUGUACCUCAAGAACAAUUAGUUCGCAUUUCCCUAGCAGCUGAUUAUGACGUAAACCGAGCCCUCAAUUUUUUCUUUUCCUGAGUCUGAUCGUUUUUUAGUCGCAUGUGUUGUUUGGUUGUUUCUUUGUUAGUUUGUGUUGGCCAGCCCAGAAUGGGUUUGGGUGCAGAUCACACCUUGUUAUUAAUAAUUUUGUUACCUACUCCUAGAAUACAGUGCUGGUCCGCUGUAGGUGUGUAAACCGAUGUCACCAGCCGAAGAUUCCAGCCCUCCUUAUGUCCAUAGUCAUGAUGGCAUACUAACUGUAUAGAUACACCUCACAGCUGUAAAUGUAUUACUUGUAUAAAUAGAUUCUCUUCUAACUAUUAGCUUUAUUCUCUUUAGUUUCAGAUACCUGGAACAAAUUUGAUUCUAAACUGUUUUUUUUUUUUUUGUGGCAUCUUUAUUGGAGGAAAGCAAAUGAUAGUAUUUUACAAACUUUAUGUUAACUCUUGGUGCUGUUACCCGUUAACGUCCUACAAACUUUAACUCUUAAGAUUUAAAUUCCAUUAUCACUUUUAUUUAUUAACACUUGUUUUUCAACUUUAUCUUCACUAUCAACCACCAGCUGAAAGGUUUAAUGUAUAGUACUUGUUAAUAACUCUCUAAAAAAACAAACAAAUAUAUAUAUAUAUAUAUAUGUAUGUAUGUAUGUAUCUUUUGACUUUAAUAAUAAUUGGAUCUCUGUGUUUUGUACGUUCUAGUUUUACUUCAAAGCCAUUCUAAUAUUACCACAAGUUUUCAGAUAUUUGCAAGAUUCUUCUUACUUGUGUUCGGAUUGCUGUUUUGUUAGAUGUUCUCACCUUUAAUAUCAACAAUAAAGAGAGAAUAACUUCAAAAAUUUAGUGAAACCGGUAUAUUUUUAAUGCAAGUCCCAAGUUUCGUUUACGUAUGGGUAACAGACAGUAUUGUGUUGAUAUUAAGUAUACUGGUUUUGUCUCCAACUUUGAUACAUAUAUCUUAAAAAAUUGUGCUGGGUAUGGCUUACAUUACUUUUUAUAAAAGAUAAAAUUUCUAAGAUGACAGACAAUAUUAUUUCUUUACUUCUCCCACCUGUGCGACGAGAGAUAGUUUUGAAUUUUGAGCAUCAUGAAAAAAAUGCAUUUUCAGGAAGAAACUUAAAAUUUUCAUAUUUGUUCAAGCAUUUUUUUAUUUUAUUUUUUGUGUGUGUGUGGGUUCAUUUAGAGAAGGAUCAGAAUAUUGGUGUUACAUGAACAUUCCAAUAACAUACACUUAAAGUUUGAAUAGUUAUGUGAUUUCAGCAUUUUAGGCAACCAUAAUGCAGCAAGUUGUAUUUUUUGAUCAAAAUUAAAAGCUUGGUAGGAUAAUAAAAUAACAGUCAUUAUCUUCUUUGAAAAUCAAGUAAUAGUAUGGUGGCAGUUUUAGAAAUAUUGUGUUAGUUCCAAGUGAAUCAAAAUAUGGUAGUGUGACCUUUUAAUAGUAGGUGUCAGUUUGUUUGUAAGGAAAAAAGCUAUUAUUUUCUAAUUAUUAAAACACAGGAAAGUUUCCAAGGAUAUCACAAAAGUUUAAUUGAGUUAGUGUGUUUAAAUUUAAUGGAAAUCCUCAAAACUUUAUAUCCAGCAACCACUCUUUCUCCUCACUCUUCUGGAAAGUAUUCAUUUUUAUCAAAAGGAAUAUGAUACUGAUUAUGUGACACUUUGUAAUGCUGCAACCAGAAACCUUCGUACAAAAUAAUAACUGUAAACAUUUAAAUUGAGAGGUAAUUAACCUUCCUGGUACUGUGUGAAAACCUGUAAACAUUUAAAUUGUGAGGUAAUUAACCUUCCUGGUACUGUGUGAAAACCUGUAAACAUUUAAAUCGUGAGGUAAUUAACCUUCCUGGUACUGUGUGAAAAUGUCACAUUUACUCUGUCGUCACUUUUUCUGUUAUUUUGGAUGGGUGCUAAAGACGUCAGUGUCACUUUAAUAAUGUACCCACUUUGUCAUCAGGUCUUUCUGUUGAUUUUGGGAUGAGUGCUGUAGGCAGUAGUGGGAUAACUCUGUAGUGUUAGUUCAAUAAAUCCUUCACUCCAAAGUAA